AUGUCCAUCGCAGACCCCAACUUCCCCUCUUCAGCCGCCUUCGACGCCAUAAACGCCGCCCUAACCUCCUCCACCGAACGCGCCGACGCCAUCAAAAAAGGCGGUGCCAUCUUCGCCUUCACCCUCAAGAACCAGUCCGGCGCCCAAGAAUCCUGGCACAUUGAUCUCAAAGACGCCGGCAAAGCAGGCAAAGGCACAGCUCCCGAUGGCAAAAAGUCUGCAGUCACCAUGUCGUUGAGUGAUGGCGACUUUGGAAAGUUGGUGAGAGGAGAGGCUAAUGCGCAAAAGUUGUUUAUGAGUGGCAAGUUGAAGGUCAAGGGGGAUGUCAUGAAGGCGACGAAGAUGGAGCCGAUUUUCAAGAAGAUGCAGGCGAAGGCUAAGCUCUAG